UUUGUCAAACAAACUAGUUUCCAAGAUUGGAAACUGAGACAUACAAAUUGAGUUAAAAGUAAUCAUCAUGGAGGAAUGGAAGAUAACGCCCGAGGAGAUUAUUCGGCUGCGGGACAGCUGCCUGAAGUGCAUCCGGGAUGGAGAACUUUAUGAACUACGCAAUGAUGCAAAACUAAGGGCUGUUUAUAGCACUCAAAGCUACGAGGAGUUCAAGGAUAUUGUAGAUGCUGCUCAUCUUCGUCCAGUAACCAGGAGUGACAAGAACAACGUCCAGACGAAGAGCCGACUUUGGAACUCGGCCGCCCGCCAUUAAUGAUUAAUUGUCCCACCCAAAUAA